UUCCCCAAAUAUCCUGCAAAGUGACUGGCCGCUGAACGACAAGUAGCGCUGUAGCUGGAUGAUAAACAAAACAACAGAAACAGUGUGGUCAUUUUCACACGUUUGUUAUUUUCCUCCAAAGGCUGGAGAACAAAAUCGUUUUUUUUUAUAUAAACUAUGGCUACAGUCAAAAAGGACGACCGACUGACAAGUUCUCAAAGUCUAAUGUGCGUCGGGUUUGCCGGGAUUUUUAGCAAAACUGUAACGUCACCUCUGGAAGUCGUAAAGAUUUUGAGUCAAAUAGGAACAUUUCACUGUAAACGUGGUUUUCUACACCGCUUUGUUGUUAUUUGUCAGAAUGAGGGACUUCGAGCAUUUUGGAAGGGUAAUAUGGUUUCCUGUCUACGGUUGUUCCCCUACAGUGCCAUACAUUUAGCAACUUACAAAAAUAUUGUCCACCUUCAUAUUGAUGAACUGGGUGAUAUCUCACAAUGGAGAGCUAUAGUAGCCGGUGGGCUGGCAGGCAUAUCUGCCGCUCUAGCAACAUAUCCAUUGGAGGUGGUUGAAACCAGACUUAUUGCUCAGAAUUGCAAAGAACCAACUUACAGAGGUUUGCUGCAUUCUUUCUCCUGCAUAUACAGAAAUGAAGGACUUCAAGCUCUCUACAGGGGGUUUUCCCUCACAGUGUUGGGCGCGGUUCCGUUCUCUGUUGGUUGCUAUGUGGUCUAUGUCAAUUUGGAUAAGCUUUGGCAGGAGCGUCAUGUUCGCUUCACAUCUUUGCAGAACUUCAUCAAUGGAUGUCUUGCGGCAGGAGUCGCUCAGACUCUCUCCUUCCCCUUCGAAACUGUUAAAAAGAAGAUGCAGGCCCAGAGUCUUCUUUUGCCCCAUUGUGGAGGAGUUGAUGUCCAUUUUAAUGGAAUGAUAGACUGCUUCAGACAGGUCAUCAAGAACAAGGGUGUCAUGGCUCUUUGGAGUGGCCUUACAGCCAACAUGGUGAAGAUUGUCCCAUAUUUUGGUCUGCUCUUCAGUUGCUUUGAGAUGUGUAAGCAACUCUGCCUUUACCGGAAUGGCUAUAUCAUUUCUCCAUUAAGCUACAAACUUAAACCAGGUGUGGACCAAAGUCUGGGCCCAUCUGAACUGCAGGAGUUUAAGCGCUACCUGAGAAACAGAAAAUCACACAAAGCACAGAGUUCAUCCAUAGGAAACCGCUGGUAACUAAUCCCAAGAUUUAUCAGGAAUAAACAGUACUCUGUGAAGUGCAUUAAUAUUAAAUGUGUGUACUGCUGGGAUGCACAGUGUAUUAUUCAAAGUGGUACUUUGCAAAGCAUAUUUCAUCAUUAUGAAUAAUAUUUUACCUCUUGUUGUAUUUAUCUUCCGAUAUGGUAUUUUAAGUAUACUGCACAUACAUACUUGAAGCACAGUCCGUUACGUGCAUUCUACAGUUCCUCAAAUGCAUCAGACAUGCCCUUAAAGGAAAGAAGUGUGUCAAUGGGGUAUUAUUAAAGGUGCCCUUUUCAACAUUGACAUAUAUUGAUUUUAGCUCUACACUCCACUGAAAUAGUGUUUUUAAGAUCUGUCUAAUCACUUCUCAGGAAAAUAUGUUGAACAUCAUUUCAACAGUUCAGAGCAAUGCCUUUGUCAAACAAAGUAUUAGUCUUUUACUGGAUUUUUAGCUCUUUGUCCUUUUUAAAGGUCUUCUGUUAUUUAUGAACCACAUGUUUUUAAGGUCAUAUGUGGUGCAGUUAUGGAAUUGUCUUUUUUGAUCAUAUAUGACAAUUCUGAAUCUGUAUUGUAAUGUGUACACAUGGUAACCCAGUAAUUAACGAAUCUCAUUUGGCUGUAAAAAAAAAAAAAAAAAAAGGACAGGAUAUGUUUAAUGAAAGGUUAUUUGAGGUUUUCGGUGAUAUCAUUAAGACAUUUUUAAAUGUUGCACAUGUUAAGAUAAAAUCUUCAUGCACAUUGUAUAAAAUCUUCAAGGACAUAUAAGCAAUAAACAUCUUAGACCUUGUUGUCAACGUAUUGUAUUA